UUGAGAGAUUUCCGAUGAAGUUGAACUAGGUCUACUAGGUCUACGAUGUUCCAAGAAACGUGUUUUCAGAGUUCUUUCUGAUUCCCAAAUGUAAGAAUCUUACAUUUACCGGAAGUAGUUUUGCCUUAGCAUGGGAUGUGGUAGAUGGCGCCUGUGAUGUCUUUCUAUUGGCUCUUGUCCUUUGGUGAUACUAACAACUGUCUUAAGGAAAUAUUCACUGAAGGCUCUUCAUUUCUCUUUGAAGCUACUAACCAUAGAGUGUACUGGAAGACAAUCACAAUACUUGUACCCAAUUCUUGGACCAAUCUCGCUGAGUAUAAACCAGCAAAAACAGAAACAUUUGACAGAGCAAAUAUACGCAUAGAUUAUGGAACAUCAAAGGGCCCGUAUACACAUGUUAUCGAAGGAUGUGGUAAACAGGGGCAGUACAUCAACUUAACACCACAGUACGUGCGGAAUAAGAAAUAUGCUGAAAGUGGCUGGGGGCCUAGAGAUAAAACUGCUGUACACGAGUGGGCACAUCUACGAUGGGGUGUUUUCGAUGAAUACUCAACCACUACACCAUUUUUUGUUAUGGAAGGUAAUAAAAUAGAAGAAACACGAUGUUCUCAAUCAGUUGCUGGUGUUUAUGAAGACGAUACCUCAAAAGAUAAAAAAUGCACAUUAGACCCCGAAACAGGAGUUUACACCAAGAGUUGUAAGUUCAUCCCUGACGUAAAGCAGACAGCAAAUGUUUCGAUUAUGUACAAACAAUAUUUGCCGUCGAUAAGCUUCUUUUGUAGAGAAGAUAAAAUUGACCCCAACAAUAGACAUUUUGAAGAGGCCCCAAACAGACAAAAUACCAUGUGUGAAACUAAAAGU